UAUAAUUCUAUUCUCAAUUUUUUCAAUAGUUCAAGAUAGGUAAAGUCCUACCAGUGGAUCCUAAGAGGAGUUGAUAUAUAGUAGUCCUAGGGUUGUUUAGGUACCUGCUAACCAUUGAUCAGUUUGGUAAAUUGCUAUAGAAGAAUGGGUGUCUCCGUAUCUUCUCCAUUAAAUGGGUACAACCUAUCUUGUUUGAGGCAACUUGUACUUGUACACUACCUUUAGCCUUCAUCUACUUGCAUGGUUUGAUUCAUCUGCUUUAUUACUGAGAAAAAAUGUUCCCAAAGUACUACGUCAACUUAUUUGGAGGUGCUGUAUUUCUGAUCUGUUUUCCAAUCAUCAAUGAACGGCCUCCUUUAGCAUUGGCAGCUGUAAACAUUACUCAUCUUCCAGGCUUCGAAGGUGCGCUUCCCUUCCAUUUAGAAACUGGGUAUGUAAAAGUGGAUGAGUUGAAGGGUGUGGAGCUGUUCUAUUACUUCAGUGAGUCAGAGAGGAACCCUGCAGAGGAUCCUGUUCUUCUGUGGCUCACAGGUGGGCCUGGCUGCUCUGCUUUCAGUGGUCUAGCCCUCGAAAUUGGGCCUUUAAAAUUCAAGGUAGAGAAGUAUGAGGGGAAAUUGCCGAGCAUGAUUUAUAAUCCCAAUUCCUGGACGAAGUUCUCAAGCGUAAUCUUCUUGGACUCCCCGGUUGGGACUGGAUUCUCCUUCUCCAAUACCCCAGAGGGAUGCAUAACUGGUGACUUGUCUUGGUCCGAACAUGCAACCAUAUUUCUCAGAAAGUGGUUCAUCGAGCACCCCCAGUUCAUAUCUAAUCCUUUAUACAUUUCUGGAGAUUCUUAUGCUGGGAAAGUUGUCCCAGUCAUUGCCUAUAAUGUAUUACAAGGGAAUGAAGCAGGGCAGCAUCCCAUGCUUAACUUUCAGGGAUAUAUAAUGGGUAAUCCGGUAACAGGCACAACUGUCGAUUUUAGUUCUAGAGUUCCAUUUGCUUGUGGAAUGGGAAUUAUAUCAGAGGAACUCUAUCAUUCAAUAGAUAGAAACUGUAACGAAGAGGAUAAAUCGAGUUCCUUGUGUGUUAAGAACAUGCAAACAUUUGACCAAUUUUUAUCUGAAAUAAUGAUUGCACAAAUAUUAGAGCCCAUAUGUGUUGUGGCAUUGGCUAAAUCGAAAGAUAUUAAUACACGAAAGAGGUCUAUGGAAGAAAUACGUACAAACUAUUUGACACGUCCACUAGUUCCUAAUAUCAAAUGCAGAACUUAUGCUUAUUAUCUUAUGUACUAUUGGGCAAACAAUAAUGUCACUAGAGAUGCUCUCAACGUCAAGAAGGGAACUGUGGUAGAGUGGCAGAGGUGCAAUAACCUGCAAUUCAAUGUAGAUUUGAACAACAAUAUUGAGUAUCAAAUUAAUCUUACAACGAGGGGUUAUAGGGCUUUGGUUUACAGUGGCGACCAUGAUAUAGUUAUUCCAUUUGUGGGAACCAAGCAGUGGAUUAGAUCCCUAAACUUCUCAGUUUUGGAUGAGUGGAGAUCAUGGAAAGUUGGGGGCCAAGUUGCAGGAUACACAGUGUCCUACAACUAUAAUUUAACUUUUGCAACAGUGAAGGGAGCAGGUCACACAGCACCAGAGUACAAGCCGAAGCAGUGUUUCGCUAUGCUUAGCAGGUGGAUUUCGCAUAAGCCUCUGUGAUUAUUACAUGCUUUGUAUGUAUUCCAGAUUGUUUAUACUGUAAAAGAUGU